UAUCAAGUUGAUUGUGUUUGCAAACAUAGCAAACACCCGGAACGACUGAUUGGAUAGCUACUGUAUAUUAAGCAGGUCCCACUAUAUAGUUUCAUAUACGGACGGAUGCGUUGAUUGGUAUCAAUGACUCGGAAAUGACUGCCAGAUUGAUCAUGAUGAAUAUCGACAAGCGUUUACAUUUUUGAAAUUCAGUACGGAUGCUUUUUUUUUCAACGAAAAAUACUUUGCUGGCCAAAGAAGUAUUGAUUUGUAGCGCUGAAUUACUGUGAAACAUGUCUGUGAUCGAGGAAGGUUGGAUGUCCCGGUACAAGUCGGGAAAAAGAAAGAACAAAGAACAUCUGGUACACUGCAAAUUGAUAUCACAUGGCGCCAAGAAUUGUCCAGAGGUCCAUCUGUAUACAGAUAGUCUGGCGAAGGAACCAAGCGCGGUGGUCCAGGUCAGUUCAGUUGCAGCGGUGAGAGAGUCUGAUGAGGUACCCAAGAUUGUCAAGGCCAGAUACGACAACUACAUCGCUAUCAGUGAUAGUAAAGGGAAAAUUACAUAUCUCUCAACCAACACAAGAGAGGAAAAGGAAAAAUGGUGCAACCUUCUCCAGAAGUUGGUGUCCAAGACAACCACAUCCAAUCAAGAGUCUCUGCAACCCUAUCUAGAGAGAACCCAGACAGUUGCUACCUCCGAUAGACCGCCUGUAUCUCGGGCUAGGAGAGGGGCACCUGUUACCUCACCGGGCACCAUGCAAGGCAUCUUCCACGACGAACUUCACAAAGUCUUAGAUAGAACUAUGAGUGAGCCAACAGCCUCGCUUGAUGAGGAAAUAUAUGAUUGCCCCGACAGUGAGUUUCGGAAUGACUUCGAUAAAUUGACUUUAAAUGUUCGUAAAGAAGUUCGUGAAGAGCAAGAAUGGCGGAGGAAGCAGGCUCUAAGAGACACUCGUGAUAUGUACGCCUUCAUGCACAAGACCCAUCAAUUACAAGAGGAUCAUAAUGAAUCCGGCCCCUAUUCGGAAAUUCGAGAAUUUCGAAGUGAAUCCCUCAUGUCAGAUGGCAAACGUUUGCCUGCAGUCGACAGAACUUCCGAAGUACUUUAUGAAAACAGCGCUGUUUCACCGUACGUAAACUUUAAUUCAAACUCAUUGGUCCCCGAAGAUGAGGACUGGAUCUACAAUGAGCCCGAACAGGAGGAUCGUUUAUAUGAUUUUCUACCAACAGAGCAGCCGUCUCCUCACCGAAGUUCUCUGAAGUUACCAGUGACAAGUCAAGCCAUGGAGAUGGAGGCAUUGUGCAGGAAACUAAAAAAAGAGAAAGUUGCGAGAUCGACUAAGGUACUUGUCGAUAAAGCGACCCUAGUUCGUGUUUUCACCAGUCUAUCACUGAAGGAAAUCAAUGAUUGUAUUUUAGUAACGGCAGUUCCUCCAGAACUCAAGGAUUCCUUUCGGGUCGGUGACCAGUGGUUGACGGUCAAUGGUAACUACCUAAGUGGGGUGUCCUUUGUCAAAGACUGUGUCUAUACGUCACAUAAAAUCGAGAUCGAAAUCACAGUAAGAAGAAUCCCUUUUGGACAAAUAUGUGAUUUCCCAUGGACUUCAAAAAACAUGGACGACAUAGGCUUGGAACUUACAGGGAACGAGAUUCGGCUGGUAUCUUCAGAGGGGCUGGCCUAUCGCAGAGGAUCUUUACACUCUCAUGAAACUCAGUCUUUGAAUAUCGGUGGCUUGAGAUGUAAUUACAUCAUCACUGAAAUCAAUUUUGAUCCCGUUCCUCCCGGUGCAUCGACAGCUCAGGUUUGGGAUAUGAUCAAGAAAGCAGGAAGAAAGAUCAUUCUCAUUCUUCAUCCACAAGAUUUCUUCAACAGUCAGAGCAAGGGAGACUUACGAAGGACGCUUAGGUCUACGGAUGUUGAUGUUUCCUGUGCUGCCCAUGCUGCACGGUCUGGAGGUCGGUCAGUGUCUUCUUAUGAAGACUAUAUCGAAGCUGAGUUGUGCAAUGUUAAUAGCCGGGAUGCCAAAGGUCUGGAAUCCCGAUCGUCAUGGUCUUCGUCAGGGUCUUCUGAGGAGGUAUAUCUAGAACUUGACGUAGCACCUGAUGAGUUGAACAUUGAAAGUGUAAGGGUUGAAGAUGAGACCACUCUACCACCCAGUUCAAGAUUAAUGGCAGAUGGUGCAAAUCCUCCGGACAAUCUUUCUACUUCCACCAAGAAAGCUUUACCAGAUCGGCACUUUUGCGAAGGGGAAUUCGACACCAAUGGUGGAGUGAUGUCUGUUUCAUCCCAUACAAUGACCAUUCCACCUGGAGCACUGGACACGUCUGUAAAGAUCACCCUGAGCGUUCUGAGAGACGUACCCGAUGACGUCCAACUGCAGGACGGCGACACGGUCGUUACCUAUGGCUUCUGGUGUCAACCGUCCGGACUGCGAUUCGCUGCAGGAAAACCAGCGAAAUUGACCAUUCCUCACAGUGCAAACCUCAUCGAUCCUCAGAAAAUUCAAACAGUCCUCUACUCGUGGAGCCAUCAUGAAAAGGAUGGCGAUGAAUCAAUGGCGCCUGAGCGUAUCGUACAGACGGAACAGACCUGUCACGUAACACCUCACAACAUUGAGAUAAACCUGGAACAUUUUUCUGGAGGGUUUCUUGCUUUCAUAUGGAAUUGGUUGUACAUGGAUAAAAAGCUCAUAUCCAUCAUGCCCUUUCUCCCGAAAAUGAUGCCAAUUUCCAGGAGAUUGAUAAUGGAGCUGAGAAUGGUCGACAAACCACAUGGCAUUUCUUGGAAAGACUUGCAUGUUCUGGACCAGACUGCAAGGUAUCAACCAGCCAAAGAUGACGACGAUGAGAUGAUUGUCGAGGAUGAGGAUCUUAUAGUUAGUCUAACACUGGAGGAUGACCCGCCUGUAAACAAGGAUGUCAAGGCGGAGCUUCUGAAGAAAACUACCAAACAUACCGAAUAUUUUGACUUGGAUCUGAACGACAAAUUAGACGACUCGCUGGUCAUUCUCAAAUUGAAACAGAGUCAAAUAGAAAUGGACAUACAGUUCAGGUCGCAAUUCUUUGAGGCCAUUGAACGCGAUCACUCGGGAUCGGAGUGCAACAUGCCACCUCAAGUAGAGACGAUUGGCCAGUAUACAACAACGCCACCACCACCAACAACAACAACAACCGGGGAACAAAUUGAAAAUGAUGGCGGCAUUACGGAACUGUUUCUGGUAGGGUUAGCAGAUCAACUGGGAAACCAGGAUGACAUCGAAUUGGUAGCCCUCAAUCUGGGCUUCACUCACCAAAAAUGGAAGCAAUACAGCGAUAUGAACGGCAAUGAGAGAAUAACAGGAACUAGAAGAAUGCUAUUCGAUUGGAAAAAGUGCACAGCAAGAGAGCUUCAAAGAUCACGUCUCAGGGAGGCACUGGAAAAAUCAAAUAACUUAGAACUUGCUGAAACCGUUUAACAGUACAUAUCCGCAACUUGAUGGACACAAAGGUUUGGUCAUUUUAUGGUCAAAAUAGCAAUUUUUGUGAAUAUGUGUCCGAGUGACCAAACGGUCAAAAUCAACCAAUGCUCUAGUGAGAAUCUACCGUAAUUCUGUUUGAUUUGGACCAUUUGAUUGGUAGGACACUAACCGAUAACAGAUUGGUGAAUUUUUGAACAAUCAUUUUAAGGCAUUUUAAGGGUAACAGAAUUAUGAUAUGAUAUUAUGUCAUGCAUGUGGACCGUCUCCAGCAAAGUGAUUUUCUCGCUCAGUAAUAGUCAGUUGUAAGCUAUCAGAGGCAAAGGGUUAGAAGACACCAGGCGGGCAGUUUGGACCCUCCUUUUUAUCCUUUUUAUUUAUUGACAGUCAUGAACUUUAACGCACUGCAUUGCGAUUAAUUUACAGAUAUGUAUUUAUAUACAUGUGGAAAUUUUUUAUUUUUUACAUCAGAGCUCCAAACAAAAUUUAACUGUAUUACCGAAUGAUGAUGUAAAUGAAUGAUUACCAAUACGAAUGAAUGCUACCAAUUAAGUAAUCCUUAAUGCAAUGGAGAGAUAAUGAUCUUAAUCUGAAGGUGCAUUUCUUAUCAAAUAUUAGUUAAUA